UACUUCAAGAAUCUUUCAAAACAGAAACAAAAGGAAGUCAUGGAGAAGAAUGGAAACAACCACAAACUUCAUGUUUGUGUUGCUACUUGCAACCGUGCUGAUUAUUCAAAAUUAGCUCCCAUUAUGUUUGGUAUUAAGGCAGAACCACAGUCUUUUGAGCUUGAUGUCAUAGUGCUUGGUUCCCACCUGAUUGAUGAUUACGGCAAUACCUAUCGUAUGAUUGAACAAGAUGACUUUGAUAUUCAUACAAGAUUGCACACCAUUGUGAGAGGGGAGGAUGAGGCAGCUAUGGUGGAGUCUGUGGGUCUUGCCUUAGUCAAGUUACCAGAUGUCCUCAACCGCCUGAAACCUGACAUAAUGAUAGUUCACGGGGACAGAUUCGAUGCCUUGGCCUUGGCCACGUCUGCAGCCCUGAUGAAUAUUCGCAUUCUGCACAUUGAAGGUGGGGAGGUCAGUGGGACCAUCGAUGACUCCAUCAGACAUGCCAUAACCAAACUGGCCCAUUACCACGUGUGCUGCACAAGGAGUGCAGAGCAGCAUUUGAUAGCCAUGUGUGAAGACCAUGAUCGCAUCCUGUUAGCAGGCUGUCCCUCGUAUGACAAGCUUCUCUCUGCCAAAAACAAGGACUACAUGAGUAUCAUAAGCAUGUGGCUAGGUGAAGAUGUCAAAACCAGAGAUUAUAUAGUUGCUCUGCAGCAUCCUGUAACCACAGAUAUUAAACAUUCCAUAAAGAUGUUCGAGCUAACACUAGAUGCACUCAUCUCGUUCAACAAGAGAACACUUGUUCUGUUCCCUAAUGUGGAUGCAGGAAGCAAAGAGAUGGUUCGGGUGAUGAGGAAGAAGGGCAUUGAACAUCAUCCCAAUUUUCGGGCCGUAAAGCAUGUCCCAUUUGACCAGUUCAUUCAGCUAGUUGCUCAUGCUGGUUGUAUGAUUGGUAACAGCAGUUGUGGUGUCAGAGAGGUGGGAGCAUUUGGUACACCUGUCAUCAACCUGGGCACACGUCAGACAGGAAGAGAAACAGGUGAAAAUGUCCUUCAUGUUCGUGAUGCUGAUACACAGGAUAAGAUUCUGCAUGCUCUACAGCUGCAGUUUGGUAAGCAAUACCCAUGCUCAAAAAUAUAUGGAGAUGGUAAUGCUGUUCCAAGGAUUUUGAAGUUCCUUAAAUCUAUUGACCUCAAAGAACCAUUGCAAAAGAAGUUUUGUUUUCCUCCAGUCAAAGAUAACAUCUCUCAAGAUAUCGACCAUAUUCUAGAAACACAGAGUGCUCUGGCUGUGGAUCUAGGCGGGACAAAUCUCCGAGUAGCAAUUGUCAGUAUGAAGGGUGAAAUAGUUAAGAAGUAUACGCAGCUCAACCCUAAAACCUAUGAAGACAGACUAGAAUUAAUUCUAAAGAUGUGUAUAGAGGCUGCAUCAGAGGCUGUAAAUGUUAACUGCAGAAUUUUGGGAGUAGGCAUUUCCACAGGUGGACGGGUAAAUCCCCGAGAAGGAAUUGUGCUUCACUCUACAAAACUAAUCCAGGAGUGGAGCUCUGUGGAUCUCAGAACUCCAAUAUCUGAUGCUCUGCAUCUGCCAGUAUGGGUGGACAAUGAUGGAAACUGUGCUGCUCUAGCAGAGAGAAAAUUUGGUCAUGGGAAAGGAAUAGAAAAUUUUGUAACACUCAUUACUGGUACAGGAAUUGGAGGUGGAAUCAUUCAUCAACACGAGCUGAUCCAUGGCAGUUCUUUCUGUGCUGCUGAGCUUGGGCAUAUUGUCGUGUCUUUAGAAGGACCAGAGUGCCUGUGUGGUAGCCAAGGAUGUAUAGAAGCAUAUGCCUCAGGAAUAGCAUUACAGAGAGAAGCUAAGAAACUGCAUGAUGAGGAUCUGCUUUUAGUAGAAGGAAUGUCAAUGAAGAAGGAGGAGGUUGUCAGUGCUGCACAUCUUAUUCAAGCAGCUAAACUUGGGAAUACAAAAGCAGAGAGCAUUCUCAGAACAGCUGGGACUGCAUUAGGCCUUGGAGUUGUGAACAUUCUACACACCAUGAACCCCUCUCUUGUAAUCCUUUCUGGAGUUCUAGCCAGCCAUUAUGUUAAUGCUGUCAAAGAUGUGAUAAAUCGACAGGCUCUGUCCUCUGCUAAAACUGUGGAUGUGGUGGUCUCAAAUCUAGCAGAUCCUGCUCUUCUUGGAGCUGCUAGCCUAGUACUGGAUUAUACUACACGUAGAAUAUACUAA